CUUAUUUACGUCAAAACUGAUGAAACUUUGAGUUCACAGACCAUCUGCUCAAAAUGGCAGAAAUUCUUCAAGUCAUCUGCAGAUUCAUCUGAUAUUACGACAUUAAACUCUUUGACACAAGGCAAAAAAUGCAUUUUAGAAAGAAUUUCAAGUUCUUCAAAAAAUUUUAUAGCACUUUCUAUAUUUUAG